CACAUCACCGCCAUUCUCAGUUUCACAGAGAGAAAGAGAGAGAGAGAGAGAGAGAGAGAGAGAGAGAGAGAAAUGGCUGGUUUGCUAGCAUGGGCAGCGGACGUAGUGGGAGCGAGUGGACCCCAAAACAACGAAGAAGACGAUCCCAAUUCGGUCCCAAUAGUAUUCACCACAGAGCAGCAAAGCUACGCUCAAGAACUCGACCGAAAAGCAGCCUCUCUGAGCCGUUCGAUUCAGGAUCUACGGCUCAGAUUGCCUCCCCCUGACAUCUCUCAGCGCCUCCCUCAUCUCCACGCUCACUCCCUCGCUUCCAAUGCCGCUCUUGCCCUCCAACUCAAUUCCCACUCUGCCACACGUGAACAGGUCCAACUGAGAGAGGUGAAACUACAGGAAGAAAAUGCUGCGUAUGAAAAGGCUAUAUUAAAUUGUGAGUGUAAAAUACAGGAGAAAAUGCAGGAGGCAGACCUCCUGCAUAAGAAGUUGGAGGAAAUGGAUGAGACCGAGAAAAAUCUGAGAGCUGAGCAGGAAAGUACAGAAGCUGCUUUUGUUGCCAACCAAUCUGGCAGAUCCAGUGAUUCAGCUGUUGAAUCCAAGGUGUCAGUCAAUGCUGAACCAGAUACAGAAGUAAUGAAGUCUGCAAUACUGGAGAAGUUAGAGAACAAGAAGAAAGAAUUGAGUUCAAUGGAAGAGAUAGUUCAAGAUUUGGAGAAAAAAUGGACGCAAGUUCAAGAUAAGGCGUUGAAGCUGCCUUCCCCAGCUCAAAGAGAGAAGAUAUUGGACAAACAGCUUCACAGCCUAAUUGAGCAACUGGAGGCAAAACAGGUACAAGCAGAAAGCCUGGUUAGUGAAAUUCAUCUAAAAGAAAUGGAGUUAGAAAAAUUGAAUGGAUUGAGGGUUGAAAGGAGCAACAUAGAAGCCAAUAAUGCCCGGAAUCGGUUUGGAAGAAGUACAUCCGGGAAAGGAUAUGGGUCUUCAGAUUAUAUUGUUGAUGCGCAUCUCAAACCUCCUUAUUACCCUGGUGGCCGAUCUGAAAAUCAGCAGAAACUUAUGCUAAUCAGGCAAGGAGGUAUGGAGGAUACAACAUACCGGCACAUAAUUUUGGAUGGAAUUACGGUUCUAUAUUGACUGAUAAGCACAAGUUUUGAUAUUUUUAGUUUAGAAGCGUUUUAGUGACUGUAUGGUGUACUUAAUAAUGUGCACAUCUUGCCUGCUAGACCUGGUUAUUGCUGGGUACACCUCCAUUGUGUACGGUUGGAACAAGGAUGAAAAGAUAUUUUAGCAAUCUACAUUCAAGUCUUCUGUUCUAAUUACAAAUUGGUCCAUCUAAAAUUUGUAUGGUAAAGAAGCUGGUAGACAAUCUUGAAUAAUUGUUCCAUGUUUCAAAGGUGAAGUUCAGUGUUUCUGAUUACCGUGGACAGAAAAAACAAUUACCCCAGAGGGUGGUAUACUCUCAAGUCGACACCACCAUCGUUGUGCCACCACCAGCACCAUAGCUGUUGUUGACAAACCACCACUGCAACCACCACAUUACUGUCGCCACCAUCAUCACCACCACCGUCAAACUACCAUCAUUGUAACUAUCACAACAAUCUGAUUCCUUAAUUUAAAUAGAUUUGUUCAAAGAA